AAUCAAACUGUCCAAGUAAAAUUUAGGGCUGCAAAGCCAAAAUAGCUUUCUCCAUCAUUACUAGUAUCCCACAUUCAUUGUAAAGAAAGCCCUACGAUGAUAGGCGUGCUACUCGUACUGGCUACGGGUUGUAUUGCCUCUGCCAGAGUGCAAGGCAGCGCCAGCCCUAAGUUGGACGUAGACUGGAAGUCUUUCCUUGCUCGCUCUGACCCUGUGUGGAAAUGGACCAGCUCUUCGUACCAGCCAGUCAAAUGGUAUCACAGUGGGUUCGUGGGCAAUGGUGAGCAGGGAAUGAUGGUGCGGGUGGAUGACCAGGCUCCAAACAACAAGCUGCUCUUUGUAGUGUCGAGCUCGGCAGUGUGGGAUGACCGCAUGCCGGGUAGCAAGUAUGCCCUGGGUAAUUUUGUCUUGGACCGGCCUCGCUUACCCGUUGGCCAGUUUUCGCUGAGUACAGUCGGCACCAUCACGGCUGGCUCCAUGAGACUGGAUCUGUACAAUGGUGAAGUCAUUGGAAACGUGACUACCACCAAGGGGUCCGUGUCGUUCACCGUGUUUGCCAACUCUGUGUACGACAAGGCGGACGUGAUGGCAAUCCAGGCUGUGCUGAGUGGUGGCGAGGCAAGCCGAACAAACGCUGCCGUCUUUGAGUUCACACCAAAGGCGGCCGACAGCACAUGGGGCGGGCGCAACAAGCAAUACGUGCCCAACCCGGCCGCUGUCAUGACGCAUGUAAACCAGUGCAGUGUCAGCCUGCAGAAGCACUUGAGUGGCGCAGCGCAUGCCACUGGAUUCCAAGAGGACCAGACAACGGGCACGUCCACCCUGACAGUGACGGUGAUGAUGUCAAUAACACACGUCAUUCCGACAGAUGCUGCCGCCGCUGCUUGCAAGCAGGUAGGCAAUGCGAGAUCGGCUGGGUUUGCAGCUGUGCGCCAGAUGAACUCUGCGUGGUGGAAUGCUUACUACCCGGCGUCGUUUGUCAGCUUCUCUGAUACCAUCAUGGAAGGAUUCUACUGGGUGCAGAUGUACAAAUUGGCUUCCGGUACUCGCUCUGACCGUGAGGUGUACGACUUGAUGGGUCCCUGGUUCAUUGACGGCACUGGCUGGCCAGAUCUGCACUGGGAUCUCAAUGUACAACUCACCUACUAUCCUCUCUAUGCCGCCAAUCGCCUGGAUAUUGCCGAGUCACUCAAGAAACUGUUGGACAAUAAUAUGCAGGCAUUGAUCAACAAUGUGCCAGAGGAAUAUCGCAAUGACUCAGCUGCCGCGCCAACUGGUGCCUCGUCAGACAAAUGUAUGGAGACAUGCUACUGGGAUCACGGUGCGAACUGCACCACGUCAUCGCCCAGCAUUGUUGGCAAUCUGAUGUGGACACUUCAGCUGUACUUCUACCAAUACCGCUACAGUAUGGACGAGGGUGUUGCCAAGGACCUGUUCCCCAUACUGCGACGUGCUGUCAACUACUACACCAGGAUACAAUUUCUCCAAGACGGUCACUUCCACUUACCAGUGACGUUCUCUCCUGAGUACCCGGGAAAGCGAUCCAACGACACAAACUACGAUUUGGCUUUGUACCGCUGGGGACUGCAGACCGUGAUCCACUUGACCAAGAUUCUGGAUAUCAAUGAUCCUAAUCUGGACCUGUGGACGAAGUCCUUGAAGCAGCUAGUUAGCUACUCUAUGGACGAUGAAGGCAACUACGGUAUUGCUGCAGGUGUUCCGUUCAACAUCGGUCAUCGACAUUUCUCACAUCUCUUCAUGGUCUGGCCACUUGCUACCAUUGACUGGAAUAAUGCUUCGUCCGUGGACACUGGACGCCAAUCCGUAGACCACUGGCUGACUGUUAGCAAGCACAGCGGCCUGACUGGCUUCUGUCGACCGCCAUUUGCCGUCAUGUCCAUGUUGUUUGAUCGGCGAGACAGUGUCUACACUAACCUGACAUUCUUGGUCGAUAACUACAUUCUGCCAAACACAUUCUAUCACGAGGGUGAGAAUGGAGAGUGUGGAGAGACGCCACCGAUGGCUGCCAGUGCUUUGCAGGACAUGAUGCUGUACUACUGGGGAAACGUUGUCCAUGUGUUUGCCGGGAUCGCCGCAGACAAGAUACCAGAUUCAAGUUUCCAUCGCUUGCGAACCGAAGGUGCCUACUUGUUUUCUUCGGUGUUUACACAGGGUGCCACUCAAUGGAUCUACAUUGAGUACGACAGUCCCACUGCACCAGUGGAAGAUCUCAUCAUCAAAACCGACAUGGUUGGACCUCUGGUCGCUGUGCCGUCCACAGUCAAAGUCACACAGAACCCAGAUGGCACAAUGACCGUCACAGGACUCAAGAGCAAAGGUGAUGCAGUCAUGCUGUAUUCCAGCAAGGGUGCUGAGCCAGACUUCACUGUCAGUCCUGUAAAGGCACAGGAGCAAUACGAGAACUACUGGGGAUACCAUGCCAAGCCUUCGAGCACCCCGCCGCAGGCUGUGCAAGCUUUUCCCGAUGAUCUGACUGUAGUCCCGCACCGCAACAUCCCCAACACGUUCUCAUUCCAGUCUGAAACAGGCCAGUGUCUGGCUGUGGAUGGUUUCGCUGAAGACCAGCAUGCUGACGUGGUGAUGGCAAAGUGCUUGCAGCCUGGUGAAAGUCACCAGUCCUCCAGCAAGUUUUGUGACGCGUGUCAGCAGCACUGGAUCGUGCACAAGCACCACCUCGUCUCCCAAGCAACGGGCCAGUGCGUUCUCUUCACUGGCCCACGUCGGUCUCUCAAGCAUACCAAGUGUCCCUUUACUGUGACCCACGAUCUACUGCACCCCGCCGAGCCGUUUCCCUGGAGCCCACCGGUACACGCAGCCGAUGUGCAGCACAGGACUGAUAGUGGUGCCGAGUUCCUCGUCCAUAACAGAGUUCUUCGUGACCAUGACAGCACCUCUUGGGCAGUUUGAUUUCUCACCAUUUUUCCUGGAAACCGGUUUCAAUCAUUGCUAUUCUUUUGUAGCUAUACUCAUAAGUUUGAGGGAGUUGAAAGUUAUCACAAUUUUUAGUUCUUUUAGUACCUCUUUCAAUUCUUAUUCUUACGACUUUUUGAAAAUUAUUUGCUGCUGGGCAGCUCAUACCAUUCAAAACAAUAAUUUCACCGCUUGUUGGUGACUUCUCUUAUACAAUGUUGAUCAUUGCACACAUAUGGAGCACUGUUCUCUCAACCAUUUCCAUUA